UGCGCCGAAAAUGUUGUAGUCUUAACAUCAUUGAAACAAAGCAAAGAGUGCAAUAUUGUGCUAAUUGUUAGAUAAGACAAUGAUUCGUAGUUAGAAAGUCGAGCUAAAUGCCUACUGAUUUAUAGUGACACCCAAGUUUGAUUCUCAACAUGACUCUGCCACUGUCAAGAAUUGAUUAUGCAGCUGUUGGUGUCACAUCCAGAGGCACGACGAAGAUCUUCCCUCCAUCAGACAACAGGCAGACUCAAAAGUUUGCUGUCGGUGACCAUGACGGAGUGUUACAUAUAUAUAGCAUAAAGAAAGGAGAACUGCAGGUGGCAUUUAAAUCUCUACCAGGUCCAAAGAUUAGCAAAUUGGUCCUGGGAGGCACAGGGCAUGACAAGAUUUAUAUUGCCCAUGAAAACACUGUGAAAGGAUAUACAAAAAAAGGAAAGCUGUUUUUAGAUUUUGAUACAAAUCUCAUAGAUCCUAUUUCAGCAAUGUACGUGCUCGGACCAGAUCUUGCUGCAUGUGCCAGAGAUCUUUAUCACAGGUACCAUGAUUGCAAGGAUGCUGACUCUUACCUAGCAGGUGAAACCUUAUAUGAUGUGCUGCUACUACAAGCUGAAGGUGCGACAGUUUAUGCUCUUCUUGCUUGCGGAGAUUGUGCAGUACGUGUUCUUCAUGGUACAAAGAUUCCAGCAGUUCUUAGACUACCAAGCAUACCCACAGUGCUGUCUUUAUAUAGAGAAGGUGAGUUUGAAUCCAAAGAUCGAGUUCUACUUGGAACCAUGGAUGGCAGAGUGGGAUUACUCAUUCUUCAGGGUAAUAAAACAUUGAGGAUCACUUGGCUACUAAACGUGACUGGCUCUGAAGUCACUGCUUUAGAUACGUACGAAUUGCAAGAUGGUUUGGAUAUAUUGAUCGGUAGGCAGGAUGGUACUGUCGAUGUGUAUACUUUUCCUGAUGAGGAGUCAUUACCAUCCCUUCGGUACCGUUACAAUGCCAGUGAAAGUAUCAGUUCUGUGGGAGGUGGAAUAAUUGGAGCUGCAGGAUGUCCAGAAGUCCUAGUUACCACUUACUCAGGACGAAUAUUUGGCUUGACUACCAGGUCCCCUGGACUUCUAGAAGUUGAUCAAAACGAAGGAAUAGUAAAACUGAAAGCAGAAAUCCAACAGUUACAAGAUAAGCUUAACGAAGAGAAAGAAGCAGCCAAUUUUACAGUUGAUCCGCUCGCCCCGUUAAUUUUAUCAGUGAAUCAUAGAAUGGUUUUGAACAAAGAAGAUGCGUCGUAUUCACUUUCCAUAGAGCUCGAUACUCCUAUUGAUAACAUUUUGGUGCAAUCAGACACCCCGAUAGAAUUGUUGGAUGUUGAAAGUAAUAGUGCAGUUGUGAGCCUUUCUGCCUGUAACCCAAAGGAUGGUAAUUUUGUUCUUGCCACCUACCGUUGUCAAGUAAAUAUUAAUCAUCUCGAAAUGAGAAUAAGAACUAUUGAAGGUCAGUCAGGUACCUUGCAAAUCUACGUAACUUCACAGGUACAGCCAAAAUGUUGUCGCAAGAUAUCAAUACCCAUAUGCGCUCUUUCACUUCACUCAAGACAAUUCGAAGAUGAAAGUCCAUUAUCUCCUACUGGACCAUUCAAUGAAUUAAAAUUGAUUGGGAGCUUCACAGUGGCUGAGAUGCAUGCCUGGCUUUCUCUAACAUUACCCAAUGUAUCUGAAAGACCUCACUUACAAGAUGGUGAAGCCACUUUAACGUACAUCUCAUCCUUUGUGGGCUCAACUCUGAAAUGCACUUAUAAGAAAGGAAAUGCAAUUUUCUUUGGGGAAAAUAUAUCGAGCAUUAUAAUAUUAAGAGACAUAUUGACCAGAGAAGCAACAAAGAGGAAAAUUAAGUUAGAUGUGUUUUGCGGUAUUGCAGAAGGUAGCAUAUCCAGAGUACUGGAAUUAAUCCUCCCACGUUUGAACAUUGCCUAUGAGCUGACCACAAAGGUAAAAAUUUUAAAUGCGCUUGAGGAAUGGGAAUUGAAGGAGAAUCCAAAAGAAAAUCUGAGUUCAGAGUAUCAAGAAUUGCUCCAAAAGGAAACAGAGAUUAAAUCACAAAUGGCAAAGGAUAAUGAAAUUUUGGGGAGACUGCAUGGAGUGAUUACUGACCUUUACGUUGAUUGGGAGAGAGCUAAACGAUCUCGCAGAAUUAAUAGCAAGGAUGCUGCCGAAAAACUUAGUGCAGCACUCGAAACAAGAGAAAUGGCUCAGCUGUUACAAGUUUUUAUAGAUACAAGUAACACGGUACCCGCACCAUCUUCAGCGACUUCAAUUACCUAAGACUAAUCUACAAACAUUUUUAUGGAGAAUGCAAUAAAAGUGGACCACGAUGUUUCUAUAAAUGUCUUUACGUAAAAAAUAUAUUUUUCAACGACGAUUCGCGAUAUAAACGGCUAACUUACCUAGACUUAAAAAUGUACAUGUACAAUGUUAUCUUGUAUUAGUGUUAAUUAUAGUACAAUAUGUAUAU